AUGGACCUAGUGAUACAUGCAGCUGCUUUCGGACUAGGUGUGAAACGUGCAGACAUCAAGAUGCCGUGGGAGCGUGAGCCGUUGAACCCGGUGUUUGCAAAGAAACCUCGUCUGAUUCAGCCGCCAGUUUUUGUCCCGGCUGUUCCUCCUGAAGAUGCAGAGAUAUCGAUCCCUGUUGCCGAAGCUCAAGGCCUUUCAGGUUUUGAUUGGGCGUCCUCUUGGUUGCAGCUACGUAGUGAGCAAAGCCUGACAGCAGGGCCUGGGGUUCCAACCAUGCCGGCCCCGCUGGCAGCUGGUGGAUGGGCCUUGGUCCCCCUGGAGCCUAGUCAGGCUACAACAUGGCUGCGAGAGGUCCUCAACAACUUUGAGCCGGUGCCAUCAUUGACAGACAUCGGCACCCACUCUUUGAAGGCGACAUGGCUUAGCAUGAUGGCGAAAGCAGGGUGUGAAGGUGACUUGAGGCGGUUAGCUGGAUACCACACAGAUCCUGGGUCAAAGAUGGCACUGGAGUACAGUCGUGAUGCUCAAGCCCCUGUGUUGUUGGCCAUUGAAGCCAUCACCGCGGCGAUUCACCAUGGGUUGUUCAACCCCGAUGUGUCCAGAGCUAAGCGUUGGCCUCGUGAGGGUUGCAACUCACUUCAGUCAGUCAUGCUGUGGCUUGCACGUUCAAAUGCUGAAGAUUUUUGGUAUCAGAAUGAGAAUGGCCCAUGUUACAGCGAGCAGUGUGAACCUGAGAGCUUAGAGGGUUUUGAGAUCCUGCGUCAACCGUCUGAACCUUACUCACCUUCAGUUGCAUCAAAUGAACGUUUUGAAGCGGAAUCAAUGUCGGCUGUUAGUGACGUCAGUAACAGACCUGAGAUUGGCAGGGAGUAUGCAACAUCGGAUGAGGAACGUGAUGCAGAGGGCACCGUGGAAGCCAUGUCCCUUGUUGAUAGUGCAGCAGUUUUUGAAGCGAGGGCAAGAGCAAUUGGCAUUGAUGAUCAGGUUAUCACACAGAUGGGCUUGCGUGGCUGGGUGUCGCAUGCAACUUAUGCAUUCUCAGUUGCAACAACACCUGGUGGAGAUGAACAGAUCUUUGCUGACGGUGUCAUCACGCCGUUGCUUGGGAAUGCUGAUCACAGAGUGGAGCCAAACAAGAACAAGCAAGAGGCUCUCCGGAUCAAGAAGUUGAAACGGACGCCUAUGCCGAAGAAGCUGGUCGGUUGUGUCCCUUGCAAUGAGGGUGCCUUGAAAGCAGUUGGCAAAAGAGGUGAUGAAGGUCACCUGGUGGCAGGUUCACGAAAGCGUGAGUCAGCCGCCCCCUUGGAAGGCAGUGGAUGCCUUGAUCAGCAGUUGGUUGCAAAGCGAAUGCGCUCUGCAACGGACACCACCGAGGAAAAAGAGCCUCAACAUGUUUGUGACAUCGCUGAAGAACAGUCGAGUCAUUUUGAACCUGCUGCCAAUCAAGAAGUUGAUGGUCGGGCAGGAGCGAAUGCAACAACGCAUUCUAAGCAACUUUUCCUUUUGGAUUUAUUUUGUGGUACAGCUGGCGUGGCUGCAGCGUUUCGAGCAAUGGGUGGAGAGUCCAUGGGAAUCGACCACAUAAUAGACAAGAGAAGGGUCAAAGGACCUGUGGCGAAAGUAGAUUUGUCAAAGCAGGACGGCCAAGCUACAGUCUUGCAAUGGAUAGAAUCAGACAAAGUGGACGCCGUGAUGUUGGCUCCGCCGUGUGGAACGGCGUCAAGGGCUCGUGAGAUCCCUUUAGCCAUUGCGUUUUUAGAGCAACUGCAGAAAACUGGCAAGAAUAUUUCACCCUCCACUGGUCAGAUCGAACAAGAACAGCGCAUGGGCGCAGGUUUGCAACCCAGAGGAGCCAGAGCUCCCUUGCUAGUCGGUGAUUUCAAGUUCAAAAUCGACAUCAAAACGACUGAUGUCGCAAUUCCAGCGUCCAUCGAGGACAACGUGCACAUUCCCUUCCAGGGCAUCCCCUUGCAUUCAAAAUUGAUUUCUUCUCGAAUGGUGACUGAAGAGGGGGAGAAUGGCGAGAAGAAGGUUUUUUCCCUGUCGUCAUAUGGUGUUUUUCGUUCCCCCUGGGAGUUUUUGGACAAGGCCCUAACGUUAGAACACCCUUUGGACAGCCCUCAUACAGUGGACAAGAGCAACCUGAAGGCUAUGGUGUUCAUUAGGGACCACACUAAGGCUGAGGUGUUGAAGUUCAGAGCCCAACAGCUGAGAAAGUAUACAGAAAGAGCGGCCCAGCUUUCCAGUGAGGAAAGCCAACUCAGAAACUCGCUGGAUCCCGAUGUCAGACGCGUGCUGGAGGGAAAGCGCUUGCUGUUAUUCAAAGAGAUGGCUGCCGAUGCCAAGGUUGGUGAUGAGCAUCUUUUUACUGAGUUAACUCAAGGUUUCAAGUUGACAGGUGUGAUGCCGGAGUCCAAGCAGUUCCCUGCGAGAGGGCCACUGGUGGUACUCGAUGAGAAACUCAAGGAGGUCAUCAAUAGGGCAUUACUUUGUUUGAUGGACGCAAAACCACGACAUGUUUCAGCCUGGUCGGGGAGGCCCCCGCUGAUCCUGUUUACAGACGGAGCCUGUGAGGAGGAUGGCCUAUGUGUGACUCAUGGGGCUGUGUGUUACGAACCUGAGUCCAACCAAGCCUUGAUGUUUGGUGACCAUGUACCAGCUUGUUGGACAGCGAAGUGGCGCACAGAAGGAAAGAAGCAAUUGAUCUGUCAGGCAGAACUGUUCCCAGUCCUUGUCGCGAAGAAAACCUGGAGUCAUUUGAUAUCAGGACGUGCUGUCCUCUGGUUCAUUGACAAUAAUUCCUCUCUUGCUGCAGUCAUUCGCUCUUAUUCACCUGUGCUCGAAAACUACGAACUCUUAGUCAUCAACGCAAAGUUGGACGUUGAUCUACAGGCAAUGCACUGGUACACCCGAGUGCCUUCGAAGUCGAAUUUGAGCGAUGACCCAUCUCGUUUGCAAUUCUCUGAACUUGAAGCAAAGGGCUUCAAACGCUGCUCACCACGCUACGAUCUCACGAAAUAA